AUGGCUUUCUCUUACAUGAAGAUGAUGAACAGAGGGUGCACCCAUGGCUCGAACCCAUCACGCUUGUUUCUAGGGGGACCAACGCCGUUAAAUUCUCACGACCCAAACCUGAACCCGAACCCGAACCGCACAAGCAAAACAAACCGGGUCCGGGUCCCCAAAGCCAGUCACCGCGCCUCUUCGUACGUUGCUUCUUUUGCUGCUUUCGCAAUGCUCACACGAAGCGUCGCGAAUGAUGUUCUAACCGUCGGUAAAGAACUUCGUACCCUAGCGGAUGAAUUCAUCCCGCGAGAGUACCAGGACUACUACAUCCACGAAAUGCAAAAGCUUCUUCGCAAAAACGAUAAUGAGUUCACUAUCGUCAUAGAUGAAUACCAACCGCAAUUGAACACGGCCGACGAAAUGUUCAAGGCGGUCGAGACCUAUUUGGGUACCAAAGUGAACGAAUCAUGUAUUCGAAAAGUUAACGUGUGCAAAAACAAGGAAACGUUAGCUGUUACAAUGAACGUAAACGAAGAAAUCAUCGAUGAUUUCGAUGGGGUUCAAGUGAAAUGGAGAUCUACGACAGAACAACCAGGACUCAGAUGCUACGAGUUAACGUUCCAUAAUAAACACAGAUUCAAGAUCCUCGAGUCAUACUUACCGUACAUUUUGGAGCGAUCGGAUGCCAUUAAAGCCGAAGAAAGUGGAUUAAAACUUCAUAUGAUCCACGAUGGUUAUCCCGAACCAAAAACCAUCAUUCUCGAUAACCCAAUGACCUUCAAAACCCUUGCGAUUGAGCCUGAGCUAAAGAAGACGAUUAUUGAGGAUUUAAACAAUUUUAAGAACGGGAAGGGAUAUUAUCGACGAAUUGGUAAGGCGUGGAAACGUGGGUAUUUGAUCUACGGUCCAUCGGGCACAGGCAAAUCGAGCUUGAUCGCAGCCAUGGCUAACUACUUAAACUACGAUAUUUACGACAUGGAUCUUACAAAGGUCGAUUCAGACUCGCAACUGAAAAACAUUAUGCUAAAAACGCCUAGCAAAUCAAUACUCGUUUUUGAAGAUUUCGACCAACUACAAAAUCCGAUAGUGGAUGAUACGACGGGGAAACUGUCGCCAAAAAAGACGUUUUCGCGGCUCUUGAACUUCAUGGACGGGAUUUGGUCAUGUUGCAGAGAAGAACAAAUCUUCGUUUUCACGACCAAAUGUAUCGAUAAGCUCGACCCGACAUUACUUCGGCCGGGUCGAAUGGACAUGCAUAUUCAUCUAUCACAUUGCACAUUUUCAGCAUUCAAACAACUCGCUUUCAAUUAUCUGGAGCUCGAAGAUCACAAACUCUUCGAACGAAUCAAGGAGUUGUUGCAAAGCGCAAAUGCCACCCCGGCUGAAGUUGCCGGCGAGCUCAUGAAGUAUACAACGAAUUCGACGUUAUUGCUCGAGAGACUUAUUGCCUAUCUCGACAAUAAGUCAUGACGCGUUGCUAAACCGUUACUUCCGGUUAAUUUGUUACAUCGGGUAUGCCGUAUGCGUAUAUUUUGACUCCGGUUGUUACUCGGGACCUACAGAAUCAGUGUCGAUUGUUUCGUCAACAUCAUUAACCCCUAACGAGUCAUGUCGCUAUUGUAUAAUAGAGUCAGAGGUCGUUUACCCAAACGCUUACCGGUAAGAUUUAACAUUCUCACUUGCCUUAUCGUAGUCCAUCAAGAUGGCAUCGUAUGCAAUAAUUUAUCCGAUAAGCGAUAACAAAAUAAGAUUCGUCACACUCGCUUACUGGGUAAAGACUCUCGGUUAUUGCCAUCGUUUUCACCAGGUAAGAUUCUUGGUACUUUCCAUGUUCAUCCGUAGGGUAAAGGACCGUGUAAGCACUUAUCGGAUAAACAUUUGGUAAACGACUCCUCGUUAUGUUAAUUUUUACAUGUACAAAAGCUA